AUGGCCCGAAACAUUCCCAGAAUCGAGAUGACGGAAUCUGAAGAGAACGAGUUCGCGAGUCUGUCUCUAUUUUCGCCGUCGAGAGCUCCUCUGAAUUCGAUACCGGAUCCAAGUCAACUGCAGAAGGCGAAUCAUCUCUCCGAUUCCGAUUUGGUUCAGAAAUUGGAAGGUAUAAGAACGCAGCACCAUCGAGCACUGGGUCAGGAGAAAAAAUUCGAAACUUUGGAAGGUAGACCUGGAAAUGCGCAUGAUUCGAACCCUAAGAUUGUGGGUCGCAAUGUAAAAUCACGUUCGGAGCCAAAUUCUGCGCAGAGUACCCCCAAUAGGAACGGUGGUAGGGUUUCUCUCGGCGGUGGUUGUGCUACCGGCGCGAGAGUUGUUCAGUCUUUCGGCGGAAGAGGAACGAGCUCCUUCUCUAGGAUUCCAAGGGGGAUUUCCAUGGCUGAUUCUGUUAGCUUUGCUCCACAUUUUGAGCUCGAUGAAAACCAUUCGUUUUGGAAAGAGCACAAUGUGCAGGUUUUGAUAAGGAUAAGGCCAUUAAGUACAAUGGAAAAGGCUAGUCAAGGACAUGGCAGGUGUUUAAAACAGGAGAGCCCACAAACAUUGGCAUGGUUAGGCCAUCCAGAGACCAGAUUCACCUUUGAUCACGUUGCAAGUGAGACAAUAUCUCAGGAAAGACUCUUUCGUGUUGCUGGACUACCAAUGGUGGAGAACUGCUUGUCUGGUUACAAUAGCUGUGUGUUUGCCUACGGUCAGACUGGUAGUGGCAAGACCUAUACUAUGAUGGGAGAGAUAUCUGAGGCAGAAGGAAGCCUCGGUGAAGACUGUGGAGUUACUGCUCGUAUGUUUGAGUAUCUCUUCUCAAGAAUCAAAAUGGAAGAAGAGGGAAGGAGAGAUAAAAAACUUAGAUUCAGUUGCAAAUGUUCUUUUCUUGAGAUAUAUAACGAGCAGAUUACCGACCUCUUGGAGCCAUCGUCAACCAAUUUGCAACUCAGAGAAGACUCAGGAAAAGGGGUAUAUGUGGAAAAUCUUGUAGAACAUAAUGUGAGAACUGUUAAUGACGUUCUAAAGCUACUGCUACAGGGAGCAGCAAACCGGAAGAUUGCAGCAACCCAUAUGAACAGUGAAAGCAGCAGAUCCCACAGCGUUUUCACGUGUACAAUCGAGAGCCUCUGGGAGAGAGAUUCUCUAACUCAUUCAAGAUUUGCCAGACUAAAUUUGGUCGAUUUGGCUGGUUCUGAAAGGCAGAAAAGCUCGGGUGCGGAAGGAGAUCGCCUAAAAGAAGCAGCAAACAUCAACAAAUCCUUAUCCACAUUGGGCUUGGUGAUAAUGUCUCUGGUGGAUUUGGCACAUGGGAAACAUAGACACGUUCCCUAUAGAGAUUCGCGACUGACCUUUUUACUGCAGGAUUCUCUAGGGGGUAAUUCUAAAACAAUGAUCAUAGCCAAUGUCAGCCCAUCUCUUUGCUGUACAAACGAAACCCUCAGCACUCUGAAGUUCGCACAACGGGCCAAAUUAAUCCAGAAUAAUGCUGAAGUUAAUGAAGAUGCCUCUGGGGAUGUUACAGCACUCCAACAGGAAAUAAGAAAGUUAAAGAUCCAACUGUCCUCCCUUAUGAAGAACCAAGAUUCCUGUGGGGCUCUUUCAGACUGCACUGCUUCUCCUAAAGAAGUCAGAUACUAUGGUACAUGUGAAGUAGCCCGAGAAACAAAUCCAGACAAGUGUCACUGUCAGGUGCACAACUCACAGAGAGAAAAGGUGAAAAAUAUGGAAGAUAUUCUGAUUGGGCCUCUCAGAAGAGAAAAGAUUGCUGAAAUUGCCCUUCAGACGUCCGAGGCUGAGAUUGAGCGUAUAGACAGCUUGGUUAGAGACAUGGAAGAAGAUGCUAAAUGCAUCAAAACAAUGCUUAAUCUUCGCGAAGAGAAAGUUGGAGAGAUGGAAAAUUCUGCUUCUGGUUCGCUGAUGACAAAAGAGAAUCUCAUAGAAGAAAAUAAAUGUCUAAAAGGAGAGAUCAAGCUGCUUCGGGAAAGCAUUGACAAAAAUCCAGAGUUGAGACGUUCGGCCUUGGAGAACACCAAGCUCCGGGAGCAGCUCCAACGACAUCAGAAGUUUUAUGAGCGUGGGGAACGAGAGGCAUUGCUAGCUGAGGUGACAGGACUACGCGACCAGCUGCUUGAUGUCCUUGGAGCAAAAGAUGAGUCCUUUUCUACACAUGUAAUGAAGGAUAACGAAGUGGAAAAGGAGUUGGAAGACUGCAGAAACAGGAACUCUAGUUUGAUCAGAGAACUAGAUGAAAUACAAGCAGGACUUGGAAGUUACUUGAAAUUCGACCAAACACAAUCCAACUUUCCAGAAACAAUGUCAACUAUAAGUGAAACCCGAGAGGAGGUGGCUUUUCCAGAGAGUAAAAACUGCAGUUACAUCGAUGGUGAAUCAGGAAAUCUUGAUGGCAAUAGGGUCUGGCUAAUAGAUGAAUUGCAGGAUGUGCUGGAGGAGAAUGAUAGAUCCAUGAAACUGCUGACCAACAAAAGCAUUGUGGAAAGAGAAACCGUUCCUAGGAUAGAAGGUUAUGACAUGGUUAAUAACAAAGAUACAGCAAUGAAGACUGAGGAGGGGAUAAACCGGUCAAUCCUGCAGUGCAAGUUGAAGAAAGUAAUUAAGGACCUCGAGGAGGCCAGAACCCUCAAUUAUCAAUAUGAAAAAGAGCGCAAGUCACAGAUAUCUCAGCAACAGGAUAUUGAAGUGGUCCGAGAGCAAGUUGAGACGGAAACAGCCAGAACAAUUCUUGAGUUGCAAGAAGAGGUGAUUGCUCUCCAGUCUGAAUUUCAAGGAAGAAUCUGUAACUUGACUGAAGAAAAUCAAUCGCUGAAAGAUACUAUCACUGCUAGAGAGGAAGAAAUAAGAGCACUUAACCAAGACUGGGAAAAGGCCACCUUGGAACUAACAAAUUUCAUUGUGGACGGGUCUAGAUCCAUCAAAGAUGCAUCUACACAGAUUGAAAGCAUAGUAUGUUCAUUUCCACAUGUGAAUGUGUGGAUAUGUGAUUAUGUUGAGAAGGCUGCAAAGGAUUGUCUAAGAAAGGAAGAAACAAUCUUACUCCUACAGAAAAGCUUGGAGGAUGCAAGGAUAUUGUUAGCAGAGAUGGAUUUCAAGCUGAAUUCCUUAAAGGGCGCAACAAUUGCCCUCAGUGAAUUUCAACUUGGUGGCAAUGCUGCAACCACUGAAGAGACUUUUCACGUGAGCACUGACAAGAAGAGCAAUGAGGUAGACACGCUAGAGAAUGACUUAGAAGCUAAGCAGUGUUCUAUUCUGGAAGCAGAACGACAUGUCAGGGCUUCCUUUGCUGUCACAAAAUGGCUUUCUGAUUCUAGAAAUAAACAAGAUCAACCGGUUAAAGAAAGCGGUUCACUUCCUAGUGCCGAAGGGAAUGCUGAUUUUAAUUUGUCAAAGGAUGGAUAUUUAAGUGAAGCAACAUACCCGAAGGGUGAUGAGCUUUCAACAUCAAGCUCUGAAUUUUCAAACUGCAGAUGGCAACACGAUUGUUCAUUGAACACAGAGGGUCAAGGAGUUUCUGGUUCUGGAUCUGACGCCCAGGAAAUUCAUAACAAGACUACAACAGCAGCUUUGAUUGCUAAGAGUGGUUCUGUACAUUGUGUUUACUGUGGAGAGAGGCAGUCAUUAGAGAGGCCAUUGACGAUAACGAAGGAGAUAGCUGAAACAGAUUACAAACGCAGUACCACGAGAGUGGACCCUGUGAGAAAUUUCUUCGACCGAUUUGAGGCAGUCAGUGGUACCAUGAAAGAAGCUGAUCUUACUCUAUGUGAAUUAGUAAAAGCCAGUGAAAACUCCAAACAUGAAACUGGAAUGUGGCGGCAAACGCACGAGGAGCUAAUGAUUAAGGAGAAGAAGAUGAUGGAUGAUCUUGAACAGGUCAAGUCUACACUAUCUGCUACUGAACAAGAAAAUCAGAUCUUGCGAAAUCAAACACAAACGAUUUUGGCAGACAUGGGAAAUUCAGUGUCUUUGCUUGAAGAAUAUCUUCUGGAAACGAAAAGAGGAGUAGGAGAAACAUUAGAGGCUUUAUUUUCCGAUAUCCUUUUAGCUAGGAAAGAGCUACUCCAUUUGAUUUCCAACUCAAGAUCGUCAGUUGAAGAGAUUGUAUCUGAAAACAUGGAGAGAGAGUUCACCAUGUAUGCAACUUACCAGUGCCACAUUGGGAAACUGAUGGACCAAAUUUUGGAAAAGCAACAGUCAAUGAAAACUAAAGCCAUUGGCUACAGUGCUGAAGAAGAAGUCACCGAAAAGCUCAACAGAUUUUACAGAGCUGAUGUGGUUACAGGUUUAGAAAAUGAAGAAGCUGUUCAGUCACAUGAAAGCCUAUUGAAUGAAAAUUUUCAUUUGAAAAAGGAGUUGGAGAGAAAAGAAGCUUCAUUCGAAGGUUUGCUUUUCGAUUUCAGGCUACUCCAGGAAUCAGCAUCAAAUAACAGAGAUAUCAAAGAUGAAAUGGAUGAGCUGUUUGAGGCGUUAUGCAAAGUUCAGCAAGAGCUGGAGCUGAAAGCAAGUCAAGUUCAAGAUCUCUUUGUUCAUAACGAGAAUCUUGAAAAUUGCUCCAGUGACUUGAAAACAGCUUUGUUUACGUCGAAGUCAGAUCUAGAGCAGGCCAAAGAGAGGAUACAAGUUCUUGCGGAGCAGAAUGAUGAGUUAAGCGUCCUCGUUCGUGACCUCUGUGAGGAAAAGGUUACAGCAGAAGAGGGAUUGGAAGAACACAAAGAGCUUAUCAAAAGGUUGGAGCAAGAAAUCCUUCACUUGACUACUAAAGCAGAAAAGCAACUGCUUUCCGCGAUCAAAUCCAUCGAAGAAAACUUGAAAACGACAAGCGAUGAGAAAGAUCAACUUGUUGAGGAAAUAUGUUCGCUGAAUGAUAAGCUUAAGUUGGCGUAUGCUACAGCUGAUGAAAAAGAAGCAGUUGCCUUAGAGGCUCGUCAGGAAUCUGAAGCAAGUAAAAUAUAUGCUGAGCAAAAGGAAGAGGAGGUCAAGAUUCUUGAAAUUUCUGUCGAGGAACUUGAGCGUACUGUAAAUAUAUUAGAAAGACGGGUAUAUGAUAUGGAUGAGGAAGUUAAAAGGCAUCGCACCACCCAAGAUUCAUUAGAGACAGAGCUCCAAGCUCUCAGGCAGAGAUUGUUUAGAUUUGAAACCUUAACUGGCACUGUAGUCACAGCCGAUGAAGGCACAGAAGAAUAUGAGAAUCAGAUAUUCAGGUCAAAAGAGCUGCAAGGAGCGCAUUGUCAAAUACAACUCCUUCAGAAGGAAGUAGCAGAACAAACCAAAGAGAUCAAACAGCUAAAAGAGUACAACUCCGAAAUUUUACUGCAUUCUGAGGCCCAAGCAUCUAAGUACCAAGAGAAGUAUAAGACUCUGGAGGUCAUGAUACGAGACUUCAAAUUAGAGGACUCAACUUCGUCAGCUGCAGAGACCAUAUCACACAAAACUGAGAAAAGCUCAAUCAGGACCAGAGGUUCAGGUUCACCCUUUAGAUGCAUAGUUGGGUUGGUCCAACAGAUGAAAUUGGAAAAGGAUCAGGAACUGACCAUGGCAAGGCUUCGUGUUGAAGAAUUGGAGUCAUUGCUAGGUGUUAAACAGAAAGAGAUUUGCACAUUGAACACGAGGAUAGCUGCAGCUGAUAGCAUGACUCAUGAUGUUAUUCGGGACUUACUUGGUGUGAAAAUGGACAUAAAUAGCUAUGCUGAGCUGAUUGACCAGUACCAGGUCCAAAGAGUGGUUGAAGAGGCUAAGCAACAUGCUGAAGAGAUAAUUUCCAAGGAGCAAGAAAUCAUCAACUUGAAGAGACAUAUUGAUGCUCUUGUCAACGAAAGAGAGAGUUGCAUGUCAGAGUUGAGCAGGAAAGAUACAGAUGUUCUUGCGACGCAGAUAUCUCUGGACCAACUACAAGAACGAGUUCAGUUGCUUUCUAUGCAAAACGAAAUGUUGAAGAAUGACAAGAGCAAUUUGCUGAGGAGGUUAGCUGAACUUGAUCGAACAGUCCACAAUGCACGUGCCAGCAACCAACGUGUUCAACAGACAACAAAGGACACAGUGUCAUUUAAACUUGCUGACACUGAUUAUACCAAGAGACUGGAAAAUGCUCAGAAGCUUCUUUCCCAUGCUAAUAAUGAAUUGGCAAAGUAUCGCAAAACUAGCAAUUCUAAUCCAUCAACAAGAAUUCAGGGACAGAGCUCGGCUACAAGGUAUCGCUAA